GCCUGGUAGCCUGUGCGGCAGUCACUGUGAACUGGUAGCCGCAAUCAUGGUUCUGUUAUGUCGCUUUGCUCGCAGCGUAGUUUACAGAGGGGCCGCUUAUAGCACAGGCCGGGAUGGCAGCCUCUCGGUAUCUGCUCCAAGCACUGGGGCUGCUGCCUCACAGACUCCUACGGUGUCCCCUUCUUCUCCUGCAUCACCCGCACCGCCUCACGUGCAGCCCCCCGGAGCCCCCACUCUGGGUCGGCGCUUCUCCUCCUCCUCUGCAGCCCCCAAGGUUGAUAAUAAGACCUUUUUAUGGUCCCGUUACGGAGAAAUGAAAAAGUUGGUGCAGGAUCUGCUUCCUCCUGGCGUGUGCAACCUCUUGAAUUCCUCAACGAUCUAUGCCAAUAACGAAGUGGGUUUCGGGGAUAUAGAGAUCUAUGGCUUUGACUACGAUUACACACUGGCCCUCUACUCCAAUGCCCUGCACUCCAUGAUCUUCAACACUGCCAGGGACUUUCUUGUGGAACAGUACAAGUAUCCUGCUGGGAUCCGCAAGUACGAAUACAUGCCUAAUUUCGCUGUGCGGGGUCUGCACUAUGACAUUAACAAGGGUCUGCUGAUGAAGAUUGAUGCUUACCAUUACAUUGAGCUGGGCACCGUGUACAGGGGCCUGAAGCCGGUCCCAGAUGAGGAGGUGAAGAACUUGUACCAGGGAACACACCACAUCCCGCUCCAUCAAGUCAGUGGGUUCUACGGCAAGGGUCCUGCAGUGAAACAAUACAUGGAUAUCUUCUCUCUUCCAGAGAUGAAUCUGUUGGCAGUCGCCAAUGACUUCUUUCUUACCAAUGACAUAGACUAUGAUCCCAUCCACCUUUACAAAGAUGUCACUGAUGCUGUCCGGGACGUACAUAUAAAGGGCUUCAUGUAUAAAUGGAUCAUGCAGGAUCUGGAAAAAUACAUCUUGCGGGGAGAUGAAACCUAUGCUGUCCUGCACCGACUGGUUAACCAAGGAAAGAAGCUUUUUCUCAUCACCAACAGCCCCUUCAGUUUUGUUGACAAAGGGAUGAAAUACAUGGUGGGAAAGGACUGGAGAGAAUUCUUUGACGUGGUGAUCGUUCAAGCAGAUAAGCCCCAUUUCUUCAAUGAUUGCAUCAAACCGUUCCGUAGACUGGAUGGUAAUGGCGACUUAAAGUGGGAUAAAAUUACAAAAUUGGAGAAAGGACAAGUGUACAAACAGGGUAAUCUCUUUGACUUCCUUCGGUUGACGGGUUGGCGAGGAUCCAAGGUGCUGUAUUUCGGUGACCACCUGUACAGUGAUCUUGCGGACCUGAUGCUGCGUCAUGGGUGGAGGACAGGAGCUAUUGUUCCAGAACUUGAAACCGAGACAAAGAUUGUGAACACAGAGCAGUACUCCCAGUCACUCACUUGGCUGCAGGCCCUGACUGGUUUACUGGAGCGUAUGCAGAGCUUCCGUGAUGCGGAGUCCCAGCAGGUUCUGGAGGACUGGAAAAAGGAACGUCAGGAGCUCAGGGCUGUGACAAAGAAUCUUUUUAACCCUCAAUUUGGCAGCAUCUUCCGGACCUGCCACAAUCCUACUUACUUCUCUCGAAGGCUGUGCCGCUUUUCUGAUGUUUACAUGGCGUCAAUCAGCUGCCUCCUGAACUACGAUUUGAACUACACCUUUUUCCCUAGACGCACUCCUCUGCAGCAUGAAGCCCCUCUCUGGAUGGAUCAGCUGUGCACAGGCUGCAUGAAGACCCCAUUCCUGGAAGAGAUGGCUCAUAUCCGCUAAAUAACAUACUCCGGACCACUGUGCUUUCUAAACUUUAGUCUGAUAAAGAAAACGAUAUGUGGAUGAGCCGUCUUUGCCUUUUGUUAGAAUUGCUAUUUUCAGAGUGGAACAUAAUGGACAUAUUGGAUUAAUAAACGUUAAUCUGAUGAGUGUUGAGCAACAGAGCUGAAACGUUGUUCCUCAUCUCCUUUAGGUCUGCUCUAUAUUUUGUCAGUUUAUACUGCAGCUAUAGAGAAUUGUACCCACAAUUACUAGUAGCAGUUCUCAAAUUAUUGCAUACUUCUUGUCUUACAAUAAUGUUCAUGCCCCUUACAUGGACUACUUGGGGAGAGAAGAAAGCUCCUACCGAUAAGAAAACCUAGUGUCUAUGUCUUACGUUUUGUGACUAAAGACAUUUCCAAUUUUUAGCUGGCAAGUUGAUUGAGAGCUGCAGAUGCCAGUUUGAGUGUGUUAAAUAGUCCGGAGAUCCUUGUCACCUGCCAUCUUUGCUUACCGACACGUACUUGUCAUUUUGACACCUCUCCUGGCAUUUCCACAAAUGGCUUGAGCCAAAUAAAACCGAAAGAAAAUGAAAUUGGGAACAUUUCCAGUAACUGAAACUAAGAGCAGACUGUUGACGUGUUGGCUAAAGCCCUGCCAAAAGUCUUCACGUCUGACCAGCUGCUCGCCACUCGGACUUGUAUCAGUCAUUCCUUCUCGCUUUGUGACAGCGAUUACUGCGGGAGCAGAAUACAUUGUUAAAUUCUUUAAAAAUUACAAAUGAAUUUGCAUAACACUUAAUGUUACAUUUAUUAAGAACAAUUUUCUUUGCAUUUGAGAUGUAUAAAGGAACAAUUUUUUUAUGACGAAACGCACAAUUUUAGAUUUUUAAAAAAAAAUAAAAAAAUGAUGCAUUUCUUUUUUUUUUUUUUUUUCUUUGCGAAAUGACAUACAGAGAUUAUGAAAUGUGUAUUAAAGAAGAAAAAUCAGACUUUAAAGUGUUUUGAUGGGAUACAGAGUUGAUUUCUUUUUAGGGGGCCAUAGAAGGUGACAUAAGCAGUGAUGGCUUUUUAUUGGCUGACAUUUUGAACUGAAUUCUUGGUUCCUGCCAAGGUUCAGUUGUCUUCAGUAUAGGAGCUGAGAGCGAAAGAUCACACGUAGAAGUGAAAGUCAAGUUGUUGGCGAAUUCUGUACUACCUACCUUAUAUUACUUAUCUGAUAUAUCAUAGGUUUUAUUAUUUACAGUAGCCCUAAAUAUGCUGUUUAUCAUUGCUGCAAGGUUUCUAGAUCGGUGACUAUUAUCUUUAACAACCAUGUAAGUCGAUACAUACAGCCGCAUUGACUAUGAUUUUGUUUUCUUCCUUUUUUUUUUCUUGAAAUAUGAAACUCAAACACUUUCUUUUGCGAUUCAGACAGAGCAUACCAUUUCAACAAAAAUUCCAAUUUGCUGCGCUCCCAUAAUAUUCUGUGUUGAAGAGAUUCCAAGGUAGGCAUCUGGAGUAUUACAUAGCUGGAAAUCGUGCUGCCAUCUAGUUCUCUUGCAACACUGCUGCUAUAUAGUGCUCCAGAUAUGGGCUGGCUCCUAAGCUUACAUCCCUGCUUUUUAACAAAUGAUACCAAGAGAACAAAGAAAAAUUGAUCAUAGAAGUAAAUAAAAAGAAAGUUGUUUAAUAUCGCAUGCUCUAUCUGAAUCAUGAAAGAAAACAUUUUUGGUUUCAUGUCCCUUUAAGUUUCGAUCUGCUGGUAAUCUUCAAAUUCUUUGGUGAAGCGAUCAGAGGUAAAAAUAUUCAACAGUACAAUGUAAAGAAAAAAAGUUUUGAAGCUAAAAUAUUGUCAGUAUUUUUUUUUUUAAGCUGUUACUUUCAAAGGAUAAAUGCACUGCCAUAUAAAGUGAUACAUUUAUUUACCUGAAUACUACCUUUAUCUGUAAGUGCAAUAGUGUUACUGUCCCCCCCCCCCCCCCCCCCUUACUGACUACCUUCAUACUAAUUGCUUACUGUGUGUCCUGGUUUGUUAAAAAUUGAUGCUUGUAGCUAAUGGGUUUAACAACACAACCUUAUUGUACAGCAGAAGUCUAUGAAUAAACCUUUGAUAUAAACAGGAA